AUGCGCAGCUCGUGGGGCAUCCUCGCCGCCGUCUCCGGACACCUCACCGUCCGUCAAGCUUCAGCGGCUCCUGGUCACCACUCCCUCCCCGUGCGCACGCUCCAAACCCUAGCCCAGAGGGAGCCUGUGUGCCUCAAGAAGCUGUCGGCACCCGACACCGGGGUCCUGGAGCUGACGCUGCAGCGGCCAGAGGUGAAGAACGCCAUCAGUUGGGAGUUGAUGACAAGGCUGCGGGGCGCGAUCCACAAGAUUGAGGCCGACGCGACGGCCAAGGUUGUCCUUGUUGCGAGCUCCGUACCGGGAGUCUUCUGCGCAGGCGCCGAUCUCAAGGAAAGGAGGCACAUGAGCUCUUCACAGGUUAAAGAAUAUGCUAAUUCCUUAAGGUCUACAUUCUCGUACUUUGAGGCACUCUCCAUUCCAACAAUCGCCGUCAUUGAAGGAGCUGCUUUGGGUGGUGGGCUAGAACUUGCUCUGUCAUGUGAUCUGCGUAUAUGUGGAGAAAAUGCAACCCUUGGACUGCCAGAGACAGGCCUUGCUAUUAUUCCUGGAGCCGGGGGUACGCAGCGUCUUCCAAGGAUCAUCGGAAAGUCCAGAGCGAAGGAGCUGAUAUUCACAGGCCGCAGAUGCGACGCAACUGAAGCUGUCUUGAUGGGAUUAGCAAACUACUGCGUUCCAGCAGGGGAGGCCUACGGCAAAGCUCUUGAACUCGCCCGUGAGAUAACGAAGAAAGGCCCUCUGGGGGUAAGAAUGGCCAAGAAGGCCAUCGACCAAGGGAUGGAGGUAGCAGACAUGCGCUCCGCUUUGGCUGUCGAAGGGGAAUGCUACGAGCAGCUGCUGCACACGCAGGAUCGCCUCGAGUGCCUGGCUGCAUUCGCUGAGAAGAGGGAGCCCGUGUACACUGGAGAGUAG